UGGAGGCGGCGCAAGCGCGAGGCGAUAGUGGGAGUGGCCACAGAUGGCGGAAGAGGAAGUAGGAGGAGGAGGCGGGAGGGUCACGCUGGUGUUCUUCAGACAGUGUCUUUGUUGGCUCAGCCUUUGAGGCAUCAUCGAAGAAUGGGCACCUCCCGGACAUUUUUGCACCUGUGCCCAUGGAGGACAAGGUCAGGUAUUAGCAGACAAUUGACACGAAAUGGAAGCACACGUGUCUGGCAACAGUCUGGGACCAGUUUAAACACAAGACUCUGCUGUCAGCAGCAUUUCUUAAUGUGCUGUCAUCUGUCCAGCAGUGGGGGUCCGGCAGGAAGGUACUGCCAACAGGCCUCGGCCAGCUGGGCCGCAGGGGACGUCUCUGAGCAAGAGCAGCGCCUGUUGUCCCGUCUGUACGCAGGCUUAAUUGGGGGACAGAGGGCCAGCCUGGCCGAGUGCAUCACCCUAGUUGAAUCCCAACACAAGCGGAAAAGGCAGCUGGCACAGGCCCUGCUGCAGCGUGUGCUGGCGCACCUAAAGCGACAAGAAGAGCAGAAUCGAGGAGAACCCCUUGCAUUUCGAGUAGGACUGUCAGGUCCACCUGGUGCUGGAAAAUCAACUUUUAUAGAAACAGUUGGAAAGAUGCUUACAGCAAAAAAGCACAAAGUUUCAGUUCUUGCUGUGGAUCCGUCAUCUUGCAACAGUGGGGGUUCACUUUUAGGAGAUAAGACCAGGAUGACAGAGUUAUCGAGAGAUUUGAACGCAUACAUCAGGCCGUCUCCCACUUCUGGAACACUGGGAGGAGUCACGAGAACUACAAAUGAGGCCAUCUUGCUUUGUGAGGCAGCAGGCUACGACGUGGUGCUUGUGGAGACAGUAGGAGUAGGCCAAUCUGAGUUUGCUGUAGCUGACAUGGUUGACAUGUUUGUUUUGCUGAUUCCACCAGCAGGGGGAGAUGAGCUGCAGGGCAUAAAGAGAGGGAUCAUUGAAAUGGCGGAUGUCGUAGUGAUAACUAAGGCUGAUGGCGAUUUGCUUCCUCCUGCUCGGCGAAUACAAGCUGAGUACACAAGUGCCAUGAAGUUUCUUAGGGGAAAAUCAAAGACUUGGAAACCUCAGGUGACCCGAAUUUCCUCCCGGACCGGAGAAGGAAUUCCGGAGUUGUGGGCCAAAAUGGAAGAGUUCCACAAGGCCAGGCUGGUCAGUGGGGAGUUGCUGGACCAGAGAUGCAGGCAACAGAAGGUGUGGAUGUGGAACUUGAUCCAGGAAAACCUCUUAACGCACUUCCGCGAGCACCCAGCUGUCUGUCGGCUGAUCCCCGCCACAGAAAUGAAGGUCACUGAUGGAGCGCUGUCUCCCGGCCUGGCUGCAGAUCUGUUGAUGAAGGCUUUUUCAGCAAAACAGUAAAGUGAGAAGGCUGAAGAGCAUUGGGCUUUUUCUCUUCUUUAUGAACGUGGCUGUCGUGGCCGAAGCGAGCGACUUCUCAGAAGCUCUGAUAACUGAAGUAAUCAGGUAAUUGUGGCAACAGUGAGAACAAUUCCUAAUUAAUUUAAACUAAUUCAACCAUCAAAUCCUCUUUUGAAACAAUGCACGUUCACGGUAGGUGGUUCACAUUUUAAUAAAUUAGUAAGCGUACAUGUAAGUCACAUCAGGAAAUAUCCAAAUAGAAUAGAAAUGCCCUCCCUUGCGCUGCAUGGGCACCACCAAGCUAUCCUUGUCACUGUUUUGUAAAGUCUGUCAUUACAGUUAAUUGCUUUAA